GUGUAGAUUACAGACAUUCAGAGUUUGUCACGUAAUAAUGGCUCCUCAGUACGCCCCCAGUCUCCGUUCAAGACUUCCUCUUGUGGCCUUCCUGCUGGAAACCAUUUUUAUCCUACUGUUUGUCUUUUUUGUGAAAAUAGAGCAGUUUGAGCAGAUUGACAGAGAGUCUGACAGUAAGCCUUUCAUCAGCUCAUAUGCAGAAUUCCAAGAUAUCCAUGUGAUGUUAUUUAUGGGCUUUGGAUUCCUGGCCACGUUCCUUGUACGAUAUGGUUUCAGUGGAUCAGGGUUUAACGUGCUGUUGGCAGCCAUGGCUGUCCAGUGGGCCGUCUUGAUGAAUGGCUUUCUGCUGGCACAACGUAACCACAGAGGAAAGUUCAACAUCAGUAUGAAGAGUGUGAUUGAGGCAGAGCUCUGUGCAGCAUCUGCUCUGAUUGCUAUGGGAGCGGUCCAUGGGAAGACGAAUCCUGUCCAGCUUUUACUGAUGGCUCUGGUGGAGGUCACAGGAUUUGUGGUUAAUCAGUGGAUCCUGCGAACUCUCCUCCGUGCAGAUGCAGUGUACUGCAUCAUGCUGCUGCACAUCUUCGGAGCUCUGUUUGGUGUGAUGGUGUCAUGGGUGCUGUACAGAGAGGGGGUCGAACCAGUACAUGAGAAAGAGAAAACUGACCGCAAGACUGGCUUAUUUGCCAUGUUUGGAACACUGUUCUUGUGGAUGUUCUGGCCCAGUUUUAACUCGGCACUGGUGAAUCCCAGGAUGGGGAGAGGAAUGAAGCUUACUGUCAUAUAUGGGACGUAUCUGUCGCUGGCUGUCAGUGUUGUCAUGGCGAUAUCUGUGUCUGUGCUCAGUAGUUCCAAAGGAAAGAUGAACAUGGUUCACAUCCAGAGCUCUGCCCUGUCUGGUGGUGUCGCCAUUGGAGUUGCAAUGACAGCAGUCCACACGCCGUGGGUUGCAAUGACGAUUGGCUUCUGUGCUUCUCUUAUAUCAGCAUUGGGAUUCCGGUACAUGAAGAAUCACAUGCUAUUUGCUUUUGAGUGUCAUGACACCUGCGGCGUCCUCAACGUGCACGCCAUACCAGGAAUUCUGGGAUGGUUUGCUCAUUUAUUUCUGCGGCUGACCAAUAAUGAGGGCAUAAUAGCGGUGCAGUUUGCUGUGCAUCACAUCUGUGUUCUCCUCAUAACGGUGUGCGUGAGUGUGGUGAUGGGCGUGGUUACAGGACUUUUUCUUAAAUGGAGUAUCUGGAGACCCCAGCAGGACAGGAAGUGCUUUGAUGACCAGGCAUUUUGGGAGUUUCCAAAUUUGGCAGUAAAGAAAUGAAGAACUUGGACACAUUGAUAAGAGGACUCCAAUAUAUAUGCAUGAAUGUAGUUAGCACAAAAUGUGUGUGUGUGAGAGAGAGGUUAGACAUUGCUUAAGUAAACAAUUUACAAGAUAAAAUAUCCUUGAAUGGAAAGCAUUGUGCUUUCUAAGAGACAGAUCAUAUAAAACACCACCACCAAAGAAAUUUCCAAGCCCCUGGAAAUUAAGGCUGGAUUAAAUUACUUUAGUGGAAGCAAGAAAAACAGAGAAGAGUUUGUUUCGGCUUGACAACGACAAACUCUAAUGCAAUAUAUAUAAAUAACAUUAUCCUGCACAGUACAUUGACUUUAAUCUACAAACCCAUGUUAUUCAUCUGCAUUUGAAUAUAGUGCUUGCACUUUCUAAAAGAAAAAACACUGGCUCUGUACAUAUUUACAAUAAUUUUAUUCAUUUAAACCCACAGUUGGAUGAAGUUCAGCUACUUUUUGUCAUAAAGAGACAUGGAUUACAUUAAAAUGUUACAUUCUUUUAGCAUGUAGAAAUCACAGAAUCUAAUUUGUUAGUAGAGUCGAUAUUUUUGAGACUCACAUCUCACCUUAUUCUCCCAUAACCACUGAAAUAAGAAAUUGUGCUUUUUAAAAACAUUAACAUUUUUAUACAACUCCCACAUGCCCAAACAUACACAGAGAGUGAACUUAAAGCUACAAAAUAUAUAACCCAGCUUCCCACAGUCAAACUCAUAGAAAUAUGCUGUUUGGUUUUACUAGUUGCACAGAAAUGAAAAAUAUUGACAGUGAAUAUACAUGUUUCUACUUUGCUCAGUGCAUUCGGUGUAAAAUCAUUUUUAAAAUUUAAAAAAAACUGAAUGACUGGAAAAUGUGUGGGAACCCAUGUAACAUAAUAUAUAAAAUCUUCCAAAAGCAAGACGUAGAAUAAAGCGCUUAUUGUAGUAAUAUCAGCUGACUGAAGGUUGAGACGCAACUAUGACAGGAGUGUGUUCUUAAAUCGGCACACUGCGCAAAAUUUCGAAAGAUUAUAAACAAAAGUGUUCUGACAGAUCAUUUUGGUGGCUUAUGCAAAAAGAAAUGACUUUUAUUCAAAUGACAACACAUUAAAUAGAAACACAGUGAAGGACUGAAAGCCAGUCACGCUCAUUUUGGUUAUUGAAGAUUUUGCUCAAAAACUCCCUGCUGCUGUUCCACAAUAUCACGUAACAAUAUUUUGUCAAUCAAUUAUGCUUAACAUUUCAACAAUGUUUUUUUUUUCAGAA